GGAGUAAAUGAUGAGUAGUGUUGAUGAAUGCGGUUUUCACGGACACCAUUAAACUCAUCACGCUGAGGCUAGCAUUUUCCCGCCAUCAGGAAUUAGGUGUCAACAAAAAGUCUCAUAACCUGCAACUAAAUAACCUUAUAUGGCUGCUUUAAGUGCUCCAAACGUACCAGAUGUUUAUGAUGAUGCUGCUGAGGAGAGAAUCAUAAAUGAAGAGUACAAAAUAUGGAAAAAAAAUACUCCUUUUUUAUAUGACCUUGUUAUGACGCAUGCCUUAGAAUGGCCUAGUCUAACUGUGCAAUGGCUUCCUGAUGUUACAAGACCUGAAGGUAAAGACUAUUCUGUUCAUCGUUUGAUAUUAGGAACACACACUUCUGAUGAGCAAAACCAUCUUGUAAUAGCAACUGUACAAUUACCAAAUGAUGAAACUCAUUUUGAUGCCAGUCAUUAUGAUCAUGAUAGAGGAGAGUUUGGUGGAUUUGGUACUGUAAGCGGAAAAAUUGACGUAGAAAUUAAAAUUAAUCAUGAAGGUGAAGUAAACAGAGCUCGUUAUAUGCCUCAAAAUCCGUGUGUCAUAGCAACUAAGACUCCAACUUCUGAUGUUUUGAUAUUUGAUUAUACAAAACAUCCUUCUAAACCAGAUCCUUCCACAGGAUGCACUCCAGAGCUACGCUUAAAAGGUCAUUCUAAAGAAGGUUAUGGCUUGUCAUGGAACCCUAAUUUAUCAGGACAUUUAUUAAGUGCAUCUGAUGAUCACACAAUUUGUUUAUGGGAUCUUAAUAAUGCUGCAAAAGAAGCUAAGAUGCUUGAUGCAUCACGUAUUUUCAAUGGUCAUUCAGAUGUUGUAGAAGAUGUAUCAUGGCAUUUGCUUCAUGAAAGUUUAUUUGGUUCAGUUGCUGAUGAUCACAAGCUUAUGAUUUGGGACACAAGGAGGAGCAGCAACAAUAAACCAAGUCACACUGUAGAUGCUCAUACUGCUGAGGUUAAUUGUCUUUCAUUUAACCCCUACAGUGAGUUCAUACUUGCAACUGGUUCUGCUGAUAAGACUGUUGCAUUAUGGGAUUUAAGAAAUUUACGUUUAAAACUUCAUUCAUUUGAAUCUCAUAAAGAUGAAAUAUUUCAGGUUCAAUGGUCACCUCAUAAUGAAACAAUUUUAGCAUCAAGUGGAACAGAUAGAAGACUCCAUGUUUGGGAUUUAAGCAAAAUUGGUGAAGAACAGACAGCAGAAGAUGCAGAAGAUGGUCCUCCAGAAUUAUUAUUUAUACAUGGUGGCCAUACAGCUAAAAUAUCAGACUUUGCAUGGAAUCCAAAUGAGCCAUGGGUCAUAUGUAGUGUUUCUGAAGAUAAUAUCAUGCAAGUGUGGCAAAUGGCUGAAAACAUCUACAAUGAUGAGGAAAUUGAUACUCUUGCAACUGAUUUAGAACCAAGGCACCAAUCGAAACCUUGAACAUUUAAAUGCUGUAUUGAAUUUAAUGUGCAGUGUCUAGUUGCAACUCUUCAAGAUAUGUUUCACUGCAUGCUACAUGGAAAACAUUCUAUUUUUGGAAUAUACUUGAAUAAAACUUUUA